AUGGACGGGCCGUCCAUCAUCAAAGAGCACGGCAAGGCCAUCAUCAACGCCAUCCGAAGAACUACCCAAAACGACUGGAAAGUUCUAGUUAUCGAUGAAGGCACCAAGAGGAUCAUCGACAGCUCCGUCAACGAAGAUGACAUCCUCAACCACAACAUCGCCAAUAUCGAGCGUAUCGAGGAGCGGAGGGAGAUGAACCUGGACAUGGAUGCUGUAUACUUCCUCUCUCCCCUGCCACACAUCGUUGAUUGCCUUCUCGCCGAUUUUGAGCGCCGCCGCUACAGGAGGGGGUUUAUCAUAUGGGCUGGCACCUUGCCCGACCAACUGGAACGCCGCUUAGAUGGGGCUCGGAGGCAAAUGGGGGCAAAAGUCUUGUGCAUGCACUUGGCUCGCUUCGUCCAGGAGGAGCUAGAUAACUAUCAGAGAUUCGACCGUAAUUUCCCACCGCAAUCCCAGAGGCCACAGUCAGUGCUGCUCGUCACAGACAGGUCCAUGGACUUGAUGGCCCCCCUGCUACAUGAGUUCACCUACCAAGCUAUGGCCCAUGAUCUGCUCCCGAUUAGGGACCAAGAGAAUGGCAAGGUUACCUUCCACUUGACUAUCAAUGAGAACACCGCCAAGGCCGAGGAGAAGGACAUGGAACUCGUGGAAAAGGACGCCGUCUGGGUCGGCAAUAGGCACCGCCACAUGAAGGAUACUAUCGACAGGCUCAUGGCCGACUUUCAGAAGUUCCUUGACGCAAACCCCAGCCUCGCCAAAAAGGAUGAUUCCUCGACGCCCACCGUGAAUGACAUUCGAGACAUGAUGGCUGGUCUGCCGCAGUUCCAGGAAAUGAAGCAGGCCUACUCCCUCCACCUCACCAUGGCCCAGGAAGCCAUGAAUAUCUUUAAAAAAUACAAGCUCGCAGACAUUGCUUCGGCAGAGCAGACCUUGGCCACCGGCCUCGACGAAGAUUACAAGAAGCCCAAGAACGUCCUCGACGACGUUGUCCGCCUUCUGGACAACCCCGACGUGGCGCCCGCAGAUAGACUCCGCCUCAUCGCCCUGUACGUACUGUACCGUGACGGCGUCAUCGAGCAGGAUAUCAGCCGGCUUCUGUGGCACGCCUCGCUACAGCGGACACGCGACAGCCAAGACCAAGUCAUCAUCGAAAACCUCCAUCUCCUCGGCGCCCGCCCCGUGAAAGAGCUCAAAGAACCGCGCCAACCACCACCCCCACUCUUCCCACCUCGCAACCCCCAAGGCGCCGUUCCAGAUGACGAAUACGCCCUCUCCCGUUUCGAGCCCGCCCUCAAGCAGAUGCUCGAGCGCGUCUGCGCCGGCGACCUGGACCCGGCCCUCUUCCCCUACGUGAUCCCCCCUCUCGAAGCUGCCUCCGAAUCCUUCGGCUCGCAGGGGUCUCUCCGGUCGGCGGCGCCGCGGUGGGCGUCGGCCAACCGGCGCCAGGCGGAGAACCGGCAGCGCAUCAUCGUCUUCGUGGCCGGCGGCGCCACCUACUCGGAGGCGCGCGCCUGCUACGAGAUCUCGGACAAGCACAACCGCGACGUCUUCCUCAUCACCAGCCACAUGGCCUCCCCGGGCAAGUACAUCGCCGACCUGCGCGCCCUCAAGCUCGACCGCCGCCGCCUCGACCUGCCCAUCGACCGGCCCCCGCCCCGGGCCCCGGCCCACCUAUUCGAGCGCCCCGCCCCAACCCAACCCCCGCCCCAGCAGCAGCAGCAGCAGCAACCCGCCAUGGGCAUGGGCCGCCAGGCGCCCCCUAGCGGUGCCCUCGCCGCUAUGUCGCUCGGGCCGUCUGGGUCGGCGUCGUCGUUGGGUGUUGCGGGCGGUGGGGACUUGAGGCCGGGGACGAGUGGGUCGGAUGGCGGCGGGAAGAAGAAGGAUAAGGAAAAGAAGAAGCGGAAUAUCUUUGGGAUCAAGAAGUAG